AUGGAUGGAUUCAGGCUUGUGAAGCUCAAUGAAGUCAUCAGACAAGUUGACAUCGUCAUCACCUGCACAGGGAACAAGAACGUGGUGACCAGGGAACAUCUGGACCGGAUGAAGAACGGCUGCAUUGUCUGCAACAUGGGGCACUCCAACACGGAGAUUGAUGUGGCCAGCCUGCGUACCCCUGAGCUGACCUGGGAGAGGGUGAGGUCUCAGGUGGACCAUGUCAUCUGGCCAGAUGGGAAGAGAAUAGUCCUUCUGGCAGAGGGCCGCCUGCUGAACCUGAGCUGCUCCACCGUCCCCACCUUCGUCCUCUCCAUCACUGCCACCACACAGGCCCUGGCUCUGAUAGAGCUCUACAACGCUCCCGAAGGCCGCUACAAGCAGGACGUGUACCUCCUGCCCAAGAAAAUGGAUGAGUACGUGGCCAGCCUUCACCUCCCAACCUUUGAUGCCCACCUGACAGAAUUAACAGACGAACAAGCGAAAUACCUGGGCCUGAACAAGAACGGACCUUUCAAACCAAACUACUACAGAUAUUAAGUUCCUGCCGCCGCUGCGUCCCGGAGAACCGCGAGGAACAAGAGCCCAGAUCUUUUCUCAACUCCCGGACAGGAUGAAGCAGCACGAGUUUCCUAGGUCAGAGCUGGGCUUGCUCCCGCAGCAGGCGCUGUGGUUUAGGUUAUUUAUUUAUUACAUUAGAACGCUGUAUGUGCGGCCGCUGCCACUGGCGCUCGUCCCGCUGCGGGACUGGGAUGCGGUGGAGUUCUUUCCCUUCGUUUCGUUUCGUUUCGUUUUAGUUUUGGUUCUCUU